AGAAAAACGUGGAAAACAGAGCAGCAAAACCUCCGGAGAAGCAGCAGGAGGAAGGGAGUGAGAGGAAGGAGCCGCUCUCGGAGCUCCCCAGCGAAGCCUCAUCCCAACCCCCCGGAGCAGAAAUCCCAAGGGAAGUUCAUCCCGUGGCAAUUCCCAGCGUUGCCUUUGCCCUGCCAGGGGACAACAGUGACUCCCACGCCCUGAACCUGCUGGCUGACCUGGCCCUGGGCUCCUGCCUUCCUGCCUUUAUUCCCAAGGAUCCUGGGGUGGUCCCUGCGGAAUGCGGGGAUUCCUGGGAUCAGCAGAGCCCUUCCGACCCCAAAUCCCUGCGCGUGUCCUCCGACCACAAAUACCACAGGGCAGACAAGCAGGGCAAAAAAUCCACUUCCAGCAAGGUAUCCCUGAGCCAGCCACUUCCUGAGCAAACAGAUUCCAGCCAGCUGGCCUCUCUUCCCAGGGAAAAAACCUCUGGAAUUUUCAGCGGGAGCAGCGGGGUUCCCAUCCCCGCCCUAUUCCAGGCCUUUCCUCCCCGCCAAGCUCCGCAGGCCUGCGAGGUGAACUCGCACUCCAUCAUCUCAGCCGAGCACUCCUACGCCUCCCCCAUGCCCGAGGAUCCCAAAGCAGCCCCAGAUCCCAAAGGGAACACCAGGAGUGCUCCUGCUGCUCCCUUGGUUGGGAAGGUGCUGCCCUUCCGGCACCAGCAGAGCGGCACCGAGCCCGCCCGCAGCCAGAGCUGUGCCAGGAGGAAGGAGGAAUUCUCCAGGAGGCACACGGUCAAUCUCUGUGGGAAUGCCAUGAAGGUCACCUGCCGCUGGGAGGAGGAAUAUCUCUUCCACCUGGACAGCAGGUACACCAACGAUUCCCUGGAGAAAACUGUCAUCCGUGCCCUGCAUGGGCCCUGGGAUCCCAACCUUCCCGACGAUGUGGAAGGGAUGAAGCUGAUCCUGCACAUGUGGGUGGCCCUGUUCUACAGGAAGCCCAGCAAGCUCCUGAGCAGCUCCAGGAAGGUGGUGGAGCACAGCAAUCCCAGGAAAUUCGUCUCCAUCAACAGCUCCGGCGGCUUCCUGGAGCUCAGCGACGACAGCCAGGACUGCUUUGGCUUCGAGACGUGUCCUGCAGACUCAGGCUCGGAUCCUGACCAGACUCCCAGCAGCUCCCUGGAUCCCAGCAGCUCCCUGGAUCCCAGCACCCCUUCCCAGGGCACCUCCCAGCCGGAGAGGAGCCCCGCGGACUCCCAGACGGACGCGGACGGAGCUGCCGCAGCCGUGGACAGCACGGUGUCCUCCUCCUCGGGGGAGCUGCCCUGCAGGGAGGAGGAGGAGGAGCCUUCCUCCACCAGCUGUCCCGAGAGCCUUUCCCUGCAGGAGCAUUCCAGGGAAAAGCUGGAUGGGGCAGGCGGGGAGCCCGAGGGUGUUCCCGAGGAGAGCGCGCCCGACGUCUCCAGCGGCACCGCGGAGGAGGCAGCCAAGGAGGACCUGCUGGAUGCCAGGAUCACCCCCAGCCCUCCCGAGGAGCUCAGCUGUCCCAGCAAAUCCCCGGGAACGGAAAUCCCCGGGAGCCAAACCCCAAACUCCAGCACAGCUCCGUGGACAGACCCCCCCAGUGCUCCUCGGGAAAACGGGGAGCAGCAGCAGGAGAAGCAGCAGAGGCAGGAUCAGAGAGUGGCCCCGGCCCUCCCGAGGAUGAGGAGGGAGUGGGAGGCUCUGGGCAUUCCCUGGAAGUUGAGGAUGGCGCUGAUCCGCAGCCUGCCUGUGAUUCCGUGCCCUUGGAGACAACUCCUGGAAGUGCAGAGCCUGGGGGAGCCACUGAGGAAGGGCAGGAAUGCCAGGAGCCCUCGGGGCACUCGGAAAAGGAGGAGAGGGAGGUGGAGGAGGAGGAGAAGGAGAACGAGGAGCUGGAGGAUGAAAGCUCCUUCCUGGGCCCUGUGGAUUUGGUGCUGUCCGAGAGCAGCGAUGCCGAGAUGGAAUGCGAGCACGGCGAGCAGAAUCCAGGGAAUUCGGCGUCUCCAGAGGAGUUUGGUGCUCCUGAAGAGGAGCCUGUGCCCAGCCCCACCUCCCUGGCACCGCCCUGCCCUGACAGAUCCUCCCCAGCGCCCUCAGAUGGGGCCGGGACUGACCCUGGAGCCUUUCCCGAGGAGAUGUCACCAAACCAGGAGGAGCUCCCGGAUCCCUGGGACGCUCCGGGCACGCCGGAGUCAGAGACAGACGGGGCUGGAGUGGCCAGUCUGGCCGAGCUGGGGUCACCCCACGGUGACAGCGGGGAGCUGCCAGUCCCCCCUGAGCCCAGCCUUGUCCGUGGGGCACAGCCUGACAGUGUCACAGACAGCCCAGAUCCUGCUGGAGCCACGCUGGGGAACGGGAACGGCUCCGAGCACAAAAUCGGGGAUCAGGCGCCCUCUGGAGAGCACUGGGAGCCUGCUGGGAACACAGGGUCCCCCUGCAGACCGGGAAUGAGCCUGGCCCUGUCCCCUGACACCUGCUCCAUCUGCCUGACCUCUCCCACCAGGUCCCUGGAUCCGUGGGCUGCUCCAGAGGAUCAGCCCAUGGAGAGCAUCCAGUCCCCGUCCCAGAGC